AUUCUUGAUAUUUCACUCUUAAUUAAUUAUUUUUAUGUUGCAAGUUCUGUCAAGGGGAGGGGAGGCUGUACAGAUGACUACUGACCAUGAACCUAAUACUGAGCGGGGCAGCAUUGAGAACAGAGGUGGCUUUGUCUCAAACAUGCCAGAAAAAAGAAACUUCUUUUGGAAUAGAAUGGACCACAUGUUGCAAGAAUCUCAGUUUACGAGGGGUGUGAGAGAGAGGUUGUUGAGACUGGGAAGCAAUCCGAUGAGUUCUUGCAAUAGUUAUCUGCAGAAAGUUCCGGCUAUUGUUCAUGGAAACUUGAAGCUCUUCGAGAGCCAUGCAAUCCUAGUAUAUCUUGCUUCUGCUUUUACUGGAAUUGCUGACCACUGAUUAGUAGAACCAUCUCAUCUACUUCUUGUGACCUGAUGAACUGCUAUUGUUCCAAUCUUGUUUUUUCACAAGUUUCCUUCUUCAAAUUGAACUCAAGGUUUAGUUUUAUUGGUGUUUUGCUGACAAUUUGCCAGAUCUAAGUUGCCAACUUUUUCUAUUUCUUUCAGCCUAUGAUGCCACCUUAUGCAGCACUUUAUUCACCUGGAGGGGUUUAUACUCAUCCUGCCAUUCUUAUUGGUCUAUGUUCUCACUCUGGGCAUUUUUAUUGAGGAACAAAAAAGCAAAGUUUUCUUGUGAGAAAAGCAGUGAUGAAGAAGAAGCAGCAGCAGAAAGAGCAAGUGAAGUGAAUUUUGCAGAUGAGAUAAGUGGAAUUAACACAGGACCUCCUUCACCAACUUCAUCUAUUAAUUAUUAGAGCAGCGAAAAUUGUUCAAAUAAGUUAGGAAAUUGAAUAGGAGUUGCUUGCAAUAUAGGUCUUUUAAUUUACUAGUAUGAGAAAAAUCAUUUAGAGCCCUUUGGAUACCCAUUAACAACUUUUAAUUUACUCAAUAGACUUUGUUGA